AUCAAUAUAUAAAGAGCGCGUCACCAAUCGUCAGGCUUCGUAUUCAAGGCUUAAGUUAGCUGUCCUCCAAGGUCGAUCCAGGGCUCCAGUGCGGUCGCAGAGUGGGUUGUGCGUGCGGGACUGUUGCAUCGCUCGUUUAUAUUUUUGGAACACAUCUAACUGCCGACAAGACAUGAGACCGUCGACCGGAAUUUGCAAGGCAAAUGUGAUGAUUUGGAUUGUUGGUCGUGGCCAGGCGAAGAGUGUCGGGACAGUUGGAUGGCGCGGCUCUCACGCAAUUACGGGCUAGUCCGCACCCCAACUUUAACAAGGCCCCGCAUCCGAAAUCAGGUCCUUUGCAACUGCGGAGAAGCCCCUGCUGCUGCAAUCUCCGAUUGGUGGCGCUCUCUUUGACAGUCACAUGGCACCUUGCUCACGACUCCACCUGUACCUGCGGUGUCUUCCAGUCCCCUGGCGAUCAAUACCGUCUGCAUUUAUCAAUGCCUGAUGGCUUAGAGAUGUCGCAACAGAAGAGACCGAACGAGGAUGUCGAUCAUGAGGACGGGAAGCGUCCCAACCCCCAGCAGCGCACGCCGCGGAUCCGAGCCUGCGCUGAAUGCAAGAGACACAAGAUCAAAUGCGAUCCGGUAGACGGGGAGGCCAAAUGCGCCAAAUGUCUGCGCAGUGGCACGGAAUGCGUGCCAUACAAUAUGAACCAGCGUCUUCUCGACGAGGAUGCCGCAUGGAAAUCCAACGCCGCUGCCGAGAUAGCACAACUGCGCACUGCAGUCAAGACUCUUCUACGACAAAAUGGACUUCCAGAUCUCGAGGCCAUCAAGGAGCUCCCAGCAGAUUCACCAGACUCUCGAAGGCAGUCGGAUAUCACCGUCAAAUUCAGUCCCGGACAUUCCGGUAACGAGAAUGGCACUGCUAUGGUUGUGCCGCCGAUUGCCAUGGACAUGACAAGAGAGAAUUCCGUAGAACGCGACUCGGUUGAGGAAGCCGACCUCGUGACAGCGCCAAUGCGCAGUCUGUACGACCUAACACGGAUUCGCAACCUUCGAAGCAACGUCAAACUCAGGCCUGGCCAGAAUCCGGAACUCGAAGACUUUAUCGCCCAGGGCGUUGUCUCGUUACCCGAAGCCGAGGACCUCUUUAGGCACUAUUUCCAGGGCCUCCGACUCUAUCUGUGGGGCGGUGUACUGUGUCCUUACGACUCGCUGGAUGCUGUCCGCCGACGCUCCUCAUUGCUCACGGCUGUUGUGCUUACAAUAGCCGCGUUGCACACCCGGGGUCGCGACGAUGCACUGGAGAAAUGCUACGGCGUCUUCGUUUCUGGCGCGUACAGUGCUUGCCUUUCGAGAGUUCAGAGCGUCGACGACAUCCGCGCCUUGCUGCUUGCAUCGUUUUAUCUCUCGAAUCUGAGCUGGAAGCUCUCGGGUGCGGCCGUGCGAAACGCGACCGAGAUGAAUCUGCACCAAUCGUUCAACAAGCUAAUGAGAGGCCAAGAAGACCACAGAGACAAGGUUCGGCUGUGGUAUGUGCUGUACGUCUGCGAGCAUCAGCUGAGCAUUGCGUACGGACGACCGCCCAUCAUCCAGGAAGACAUCGCGAUCAAGAAUAUUGAGCAGUUCCUGGAUAGUCCGGAGACCAAGCCGGGCGAUAUCAGACUCAGUGCACAAGUCACUCUGUUCAAGAUUCUCACAGAAGCAUACAUUGCGUAUGGAAGCGAUCCGGAACAGCCUUUGACAGAACCGGACUUCCAGAGACUGCGCAUGUUCAAUUUCGCUAUUGAGCAGUGGAGGCUUGCGUGGCAGGCGAGGUCGUGCGACAGUCCUACCAUUGGAUCGUACCCGUCCAAGGGCGUUGUUCUUUACUACCAUUUUGCCCGUUUCCAGUUGAAUUCCCUGGCGUUACGUGGAUUGCCGCCACCGAGCGCCGUCACCUCGGAAACACUCUCUUACGACCGCCGCGAAGCCGCAAAUAUAGCCAUCACAGCGGCAACCAGCACACUCACACUCAUUUUCGAGGAACCGGACCUGCGGAGAGCCAUGUCUGCGGUCCCCAUUUUCACCCACACCAUGGUUGCGUUCUGCGCCACGUUCUUGCUCAAGAUGGCAAAGACCUGGGGAACCGCUGCCCAGGUACGGUCACCAGAAUCGGCGGGCGAACCGAUCGGGCUCGGCCUCAACUUCAACACAGCUCAGGUUGUGUCCCUGGCCAGGCGGUCGGCGACCUUCCUCGCCAAGGUCGCUGAGAACUUGAGCGAGAAGCACUUGACCAGGCACAUUGUGCAUGGCAUCAACCUCCUCCUCAAGCAGCUGGAUAUGAUGGGCACGCCUUCGAGCACAAUCGACCAUGCAUUCCCUGCGUACAACGUGCCGCAGAGUCAACACAUCAACGGGCACUUCGAUCCCAAUCGGCAGCACGGUGUUGCAGCAGUAGACUUUGGCCAUGGAGACAUGGCAAACACAUAUAACAUGUAUGAUUUGAUUGGGUCGUAUGGAUUUGGGAUGGACGAGGCUUUCCUGGGCCAAGUGGCCUCGACAGAUCUCGACUUCUGGCCGACAGAGAACUUCUAAUACCCUUCGCUGGACGGAAAUGUAAAUGAUGU